UCUUCGCUCCUCAGUGCGCGUCUCGACACUCCCGCGAAGUGGUCGCGCUGAACAAUCACUCGCCGCCACUGCGAGCACUUGGUCGGCGCGCUGCCGGGCCCGUGCGCAACAGCGACAGCCGAAGCCGCAGCAGCAGGUGAGCACGCCCCAGCAACCCGCCACACGCGAUCUCGAAACUGCGCCGCGGACACAGCUCGAGCGCGUAGAGACGUUGAGCACGACGAGCACCCCCAGGCGACCCCGGCGUGAACGGGCGAUGCGCCGCGCGCUAUGAGUUCCAAGUUCAUAAUCGAUAGCAUGCUCCCGAAGUAUCAUCAGCAUCAGUCUCCGUACCAGCAGCUCUUCUCCGGCGUGACACCGUCAGGCGCGUGCUCGUCGUCCGCCGUGACGGCCACGGGACCCAGUUCGCAGUCAAGCCUCGAGUCAUCGUUGGCCGCAGCCUACGGCAGCAGCAGCGGCGCCGGCUCCGCAACCCAACAGUCGUCGCCGUCGCCGACCGGCUCGAGCCCGUCGAGCAGUUCUGCCUCGACCUCGCCGGCGGCCAGGGCGGCAACAGCCGCCGCAGCAGCCAGCAUGUACCCCUACGUGUCGGCCGCGGCCGCGCACCAUCACCAUCAGCAGCAGCAAGCCGUCGCCGCGGCCGCCUUCGGCGCAAGCUCCGGCAUGGUGCCCACUUUCGGCAGCUCCGCCGCGGCCUCGAGUGCAGCUCUGGCCGCUGCCGCGGCCGUGGAUGCGGCCAGUGCCGACAAAUCCUGCAGGUAUACCGCCAGUCUGACCGGCAACGUCGCCCCGAGCAGCGCGGAUCCAAUGGUUAAUUACACCAUCGGACAUCAUCAUCAGAAUGGCUCGACGCCCGGCAGCUUGGUCUCGUCGGCUUCGGCUUCUUCCGUGUCGGCUGCUUCGAUGACCUCCAUGGCUGCGCAAUUCUAUCAACACGCGGCGGCUGCUAGCGUUGUCGAUCCUCUAGGACAGUGCCAACAACCCGCGUCUGGUCAACCGGGCAUACCCGAGAUUCCGCGCUAUCCUUGGAUGUCCAUCACCGAUUCUCUUUAUUUUACAGAUUGGAUGAGCCCCUUCGAUAGGGUUAUGUGCGGGCCGAAUAAUCAUAUAAUUACAGGUCCGAACGGUUGUCCGCGACGUCGAGGUCGACAAACCUACACACGUUUCCAAACGCUCGAGCUCGAGAAGGAAUUCCACUUUGCGCACUACCUGACGCGGCGGCGGCGAAUAGAAAUCGCUCACGCGCUCUGCUUAACCGAGCGCCAAAUAAAGAUAUGGUUCCAAAAUCGGCGGAUGAAGCUGAAGAAGGAAUUGCGCGCGGUAAAGGAGAUCAACGAGCAAGCGAGACGCGAGCGCGAGGAACAGGAACAAAUGAAGAAACAACAGUCGGAGAAGCAAGCGAAAAUGCAAUUGGAACAGCAGAGCGCGAUGCAACAGCAGCAGCAGCAGCACGGUCCACCGCAAUCGCAGCACCACAGCGUGCCGGGAUUGGAUAAAACUCAAAGCGACCUUCUCAAAGCGGUGAGUAAGGUGCCCACAUAGGAGAGCCUCCUGGGCCGCCUCUACCUGUCCUAGGUGGCGUGGACCGACGCCCGGCUGCGUACUUACCUGGAGGCCGCUCAGAUCCCUCGCAACGACUAAUAAUCGGCAGCACGCGGACGACGUAAAGAAUGAGACUUCGUUCGUGGAGAAACUACGUGCCAUGCACACACAGAUAACAUCCACUCACCUAUACAACCCCUUUUUUCAAUCCGUACGUGAGAGAAGACUGACACCGAGAUAUCGACACCCCAGUGUGACAUACAUAUAUAUAUAUAUAUAUAUGUAUGUAUAUAAACAACUGGACUGUUGUUCUGCGGUCCAAUUUUAUCGCUAAACAGUGAUUGGCGACGAUGAUCAUAAUAAUUUCAUUCGUACUGACCCAGUGACUUUCGAGACGUGUAUUGUAAUAUAAUGAUAUUUCGCUCCGUUUUCCGCUUCGAGAUCAAAAAAGCAAUGUUGAUUUUUGUCGAAUGUUUAGAAGGGCCGAGAGUCUAUAUUGUGUUCAAGUUACGUAAUUAGCGCUUAGUGAGCCUUUUUGUUCUCUUUGUCGAUAGGCCCAACUAUAAGUCUCAUUUUUAGGACAAGGAACAAAUUGUUUUUCUUUUUAUAUUCAUUUCGUCGCUUCUUUGUCAUUGUAAUGUUUUCGACGAAAUUUGUACAAAAUAGGCGUAUUACGUUGUGUUUUCUUUUGGCCGUCGAAUAUUAAUAAAAUUUCUUGCGUUUGUUUGUUUGAUAGAGAAUCCUUUAGUCCGUACUUAUACAUAUAUAUAUAUAUAUAUACACAUAUAUAUAUACACACAUACAAUGCAACGAAACGUCGAUCGAUAAGCAAACUUCCUCUGUCGUGGACGAGAUAUACAUGAAAGAUCGCGCGUAGCGAAGAAAAAACAAAUUGCAAGGCUAUGUUGCGUGGAAACGGCGAAAAAUCUAUCUAAUCUACUACCGGACGAGUAUCUCACUCAUAGUACAUUAAAUACGUAAUUUGGUGUCAGGGUAGACCUUCAGUAGAUCUAAAAGCCUGUUGUUGGUAUUACUUAAUUAGUUUACUCGUGGAACAAAUGAAAAAAUGAAGACUAUUCAAACAAGGAAUAAAAUAAAGCAUGUUUGUGGAACAUUAACUGACAGAUAGUAGAGUUUACGCAGACGACAAUUAAAUUAAGAAAUUAAUGAAAAAUGAGAAAAAACAGUAAAUUAUUGUCCAUUAUUAACCGAAGAUACGUAAAACAUAGACAUAUUAAACAAUAAUAAAUAGCGUUUAAAAAUAGAGUAAGAUUUAUUGAAUUGAGCUGUGAGAGAUUGAGCGUAUUUUAUUAAUAUUUCGAGAUGGAAAAAUGACAAAGAAAAAAAAUCACUAAAAGGUUUUUAUUUUAUACAUUAUUUAUUGUUUUAAUAUAGAAAAGAAAAGAAAAGCAUUUUUGAAUAUUUAUCGAGACAAUAAGAUGAGGGAAAUUCAUUAGACGAAUAAAUCAAAUUUAUUUCUCUGUAGCUCAAUUUGAAUUUCUUCUCGAAAUUUCUCGAUAGCGGCGUACUAAAAGAAACUUAUCCCAGUGAAUAUGCAACUGUAGUUAAACGGAUAUUAAAAAAAGAAAUUUUUCAUACGUAUAAAACUGUACGAAAACAGGUAGAAAUAACAAAGUUUUUCAGUACUGUAUUAAUUGAAAAAGGGCAGAAGCGCAAAGAAAAGGGCACGGCGCACGGAAAACUUCGCCAUAAACGUCCGGUGUAUUGCAUAUUAUCUAUAAAAUAGAAUUAAAAACAAAUGAACUAAACAUUAUAUAAAGGUGGAAAAAAUAUACCCCAGGACGUUAAUUAUCUAAUGAAAUAUUAUUAUAAAUAAUCGACCGUACGUAAUUAAGAAAGCGAGUCCACAAGAGAAAGAAAGGAGCAAAAAUAUAUAUAUAUAUAUAUAUACUCACGUAUAUAAUCCUACGUAGCGAGCGUAUCUAUACAGUGUGUAACCCGUAAUAUUGUGUAUCGUGUAAUGAGAAAAAAAGAAAAAGACUUAUUAGACACAGUCGCGAGUAUCGACGUACUAUGACGAAAAAGAUUCGAACGGGGAGAGAGACUGGAAGUACUAGUAGUUUCUCGUACUAUACAUACAACUUAGAAUGCAUAAGGCGUGAUUUUUUUUUAACAUCUAUAUGUGAAAAUAAAAACAAGGCAACGUUUCCGUUUUGCGUGAGUUAUCCGUAUAACGUAUAUAUAGUAUAUAAAUCGUAUGUUUCCUGUGUAAAAUCGAAAGAGAAAUGAGAUUCAAGUUCAUCUCGAAUCUCAGCAUCUUAGUGUGCGGUUACAGAAAGGAGACAGAAAGCCAAGCGUCAAAAAAGUGUGAUCACGCAUUUAUUGGAAUAAAACCCAGGCAUAUAAGUAUACGGCAUGUAUGGGGAAAAAGAUAAAGGCUUUAGUUCGAGAAUGAGAACGUGAGUG